AUGAGCGCCACCGCGGAGCUGCAGGAACCGGACCGGGGGCGAGCCGGGCCUCCGAAGUCAACCACGCACAGAUACAUCCCGCCACUGAUCUGGGGGAAAAGCGGACACAUCCAAACAGCUCUGUACGGGAAGAUGGGCCGGGUGAGGUCGCCACACCCGUACGGGCACCGAAAGUUCAUCACCAUGUCCGAUGGCGCCACUUCGACCUUCGACCUCUUCGAGCCCAUGGCUGAGCAUUGUGUUGGAGAUGACAUCACCAUGGUCAUCUGUCCCGGGAUCGCCAACCACAGCGAGAAGCAGUACAUCCGAACCUUUGUGGACUACGCCCAGAAAAACGGCUACCGGUGCGCUGUGCUCAACCACCUGGGCGCCCUGCCCAACAUCGAGCUGACCUCGCCACGCAUGUUCACCUACGGCUGCACCUGGGAAUUCGGAGCCAUGGUCAACUACAUCAAGAAAACAUACCCCCUGACCCAGCUGGUGGUCGUGGGCUUCAGCCUGGGCGGUAACAUCGUGUGCAAAUACCUGGGGGAGACGCAGGCGAACCAAGACAAGGUGCUGUGCUGCGUGAGCGUGUGCCAGGGGUACAGCGCGCUGAGGGCCCAGGAGACCUUCAUGCAGUGGGACCAGUGCCGCCGCUUCUACAACUUCCUCAUGGCCGACAACAUGAAGAAGAUCAUCCUCUCGCACAGACAAGCGCUGUUCGGGGACCACGUGAAGAAGCCCCAGACUCUGGAGGACUCGGACCUGAGCCGCCUCCACAUGGCCACGUCCCUGAUGCAGAUCGACGACAACGUGAUGAGGAAGUUCCACGGCUACACGUCCCUGAAGGAGUACUACGAGCAGGAGAGCUGCAUGCGGUACCUGCACAGGAUCUACGUGCCCCUCAUGCUGGUCAACGCGGCCGAUGACCCCUUGGUCCACGAAAGCCUUCUGAGCAUUCCAAAAUCCCUCUCCGAGAAGCGGGAAAACGUCAUGUUCGUGCUGCCCCUGCACGGGGGCCACCUGGGCUUCUUCGAGGGCUCCAUGCUGCUGCCCGAGCCGCUGACGUGGAUGGACAAGCUGGUGGUGGAGUACGCCAACGCCAUCUGCCAGUGGGAGCGCAGCAAGCUGCAGUGCGCCGACGCAGCCGCGGCCGAGCAGGUGGAGGCCGGCCCGGAGUGA